CUUCUCAGCAGUUCUCUUCAGGGUCCCCAACGUAAUGUCCACCAACUCGAAACAUGGCAGAUUCAGAGGGAAGAGAGGAGUCUAAACAGACUGGCAGCAUCAACCAUGCUGCAGAUGAAGGAGAUGGGAAAUUGCACGAGAUUGCGCGAGCGAAGAAUGAAGGUAGGGAGCUGACAAAAGAAGAGAAGCAACGUCUAAGGAAAGAGAAGAAACAGCAGAAAAAGGGAAAAAAAGAUGACAAGGGUCCAACAGAAAAAGGGACGGAUAAGGAAAAGAAGGCUGCUCCUUCAACUGCCUCUCAACCAGUUACACAAAGUUCAGCACAGAAAGCCCAAUCAGCGGCUCCUGUGUCUGCCAGUGUGCCUGAGUCCACUGCACCUACCGAUAAGCCAACUAAAAGCAAAGCAGAGCUAAAGGCAGAGCGGCGGGCACGCCAAGAAGCAGACCGUGCAUCAAAACAGACCAAAAAGGAACCAGGCUCACAACCAGCCUCUAGCAAGUCGAAAGCUCCACCGAAUGAGCUCCAACCAGCGGUGAAACGAUUACCGGAACAUAUCCAAGUUGAUGAUCCUGCUGUGGUGAGAAAGCUGGCCAAGAAGCUGGAGAGACAACAGAUCCCACUGAGGUCAGACUAUGGCUACAAAGUCAGCUUGUUCUCGCACCUGCACCAGUACAGUCGCAAAGCCCCCCUUACUCAGCAAAUCAGCAUCCCUGCCACAGUUAUCCACCCCUCUAUAGUGCGCUUGGGUCUACAGUACUCGCAGGGUAUUGUAGCCGGUUCCAAUGCUCGGUCUGUGGCCUUGCUGCAUGCCUUUAAACAGGUCAUUCAAGACUACAGCACUCCUCCAAAUGAGGAGUUGCCGAGGGACCUAGUAAACAAACUGAAGCCCUACAUCAGUUUUCUCAAUCAGUGUCGCCCCCUGUCAGCAAGCAUGGGUAAUGCAAUCAAGUACAUCAAAAAAGAGAUCUCUAAUAUUCCCAGUCAGUGCAAAGAAGAAGAGGCUAAGAAGAAACUGUUGUUAUGUAUUGACAACUAUGUAAAUGAGAAGAUCACAUUAGCUGCGAAAGCCAUCUCUAAAUGUGCGAUUGAUAAGAUUAGCGAUGGUGAUGUAAUUCUAGUAUAUGGAUGCUCUUCACUUGUCAAUCACAUCCUGUGUGAUGCCUUUGAGAAGCAGAGGAAGUUCAGAGUCAUUGUGGUGGACAGUCGACCCAGGCUGGAGGGCAGGGAAGCACUAAGGCGUUUAGUGAAGAGGGGCAUUCGUUGUACCUAUGUGCUUAUAUCUGCCGUGUCCUACAUUCUGCCUGAGGUAUCCAAGGUGUUCCUCGGAGCCCAUGCGCUGCUGGCCAAUGGAUAUGUUAUGUCACGAGUGGGAACGUCUCAAAUUGCCCUGGUAGCCAAGGCCUACAACGUGCCUGUGUUGGUCUGCUGUGAGACCUACAAGUUCUGUGAACGAGUACAGACUGACUCCUUCGUAUCCAACGAACUUGAUGACCCUGAUGACCUAAUCGUUACUCGGGAGGGAAAGACGCAGUUGGCGGACUGGCAGAGCGUGAAGUCCCUGGGUUUGCUGAAUUUGGUGUAUGAUGUAACACCUCCAGACUUUGUGGACCUGGUGAUCACAGAGCUAGGCAUGAUCCCCUGUACUUCUGUGCCUGUAGUGCUACGAGUGAAGAACGUGGAUCAGUAAAGAAGGUUUAUCACUUGCUUCUGUGCACCCACAUGCCUACAUACAGUGGGCUUUUGGCAAAAAAUAAACUUGUAUCUAAAAUGGCACAUGCUUUUUAAUCAAA